AUGGCAUCUCCACGGCUCGAGACUUUCUGUUGUUCGAACCGUGACCCCGCCACAGAGUUCGUCGUCACUUUUCAGUCUGGAUUCUUCAACUCCAUCUGCAUCUUCAGCUCCAGUUUGAGUUUCAUCUUCUCUGUUCUGCAGCUGUUGCCGAAGCGCAGGAGCUCGAGACGUCUGUCUGCGCAUCCGCAUCCCAAAGCAGCAGCAUCAUCCCGCAUCGUGUUCAUCAUCAUCCUGUGUGACGUGUUAGGAUGCGCAGGAAUCAUUGUCAGGUCGUCCAUGUGGCUGGGUUUACCAAACCUGGUGAACAACAUCUCAGUGAACAGCAGUGGCGUCUGGCCGCAGGUCUACUGUGUUGGAAGUUCAAUGUGGAUCCAGUUGUUCUUCAGCGCGUCGUUCUGGUGGACGUUCUGUUACGCGGUGGAUGUGUUUCUGGUGGUCAAAAGAUCAGCCGGCAUCAGCACUAUUGUGUUGUAUCACAUGAUCACGUGGGGUCUGACUCUGCUGCUGUGUGUGGAGGGCGUCGCAAUGCUGUAUUACCCCUCCAUAUCGAGUUGUGAGAAAGGUCUUCAGCACGCCGUCCCUCAUUACAUCACCACGUAUGCACCCAUGAUGCUGGCGCUGUGUGUGAAUCCUGUGCUCUUCACCCGAACUGUGUCUGCUGUCACAUCUCUACUCAAAGGUCAGCAGGGCAUCUACACUGAGAAUGAAAGACGUCUUGGCUCUGAGAUAAAAACAAGAUUCUUUAAGAUAAUGCUGGUGUUCUGCAUUUGCUGGCUGCCCAACAUUAUCAAUGAAGGUUUGUUGUUUUAUCUGGAGAUGCAAGCGGACAUUAAAGCCAGCGAUCUGAAAAACAUCCGUAACGCCGCUCUCAUCACCUGGUUUAUCAUGGGAAUACUGAACCCCAUGCAGGGUUUCCUCAACACGCUGGCUUUCCAUGGCUGGACGGGGCUGGAUGUGGAUCUGAGUCGACAGAGACGCAGGGAUCUGCCCUGGGAUUCUGCAUCCACGUCUGUGGCGGUUGCGGGCGGGUGGGUUAAUCCCAUGGUGGGCUCCACACUGCUGUAUGAAAGCCACGUACAGAAGAACCCGAACAGCAACGGUCAUCAUCAACCUUCAGACGCUAUAAGUGUCUUAUCUGAAGGUUCAGAGUCUAGUACAGUAGAAAUCCACAUAUCCAGUGACCAGCGAGAGUCUGAGGACAUAAAAGCAGACGUCACAUCACUGGACAAUUCUACAGGCUGAUGGUCACGUGACCACCGCUUUUAUAUUCUUAACCUGUACAACACAAAAAACAUCAUGAAAUGAAAUCACUUCAGAUAAUUUCCAGCAUGUUUACAUCACCUUUAAAGUUCAACAUGAAUGAAUCAAAAUGUCAAAUGAUUUGGCCAUAUCUGUCUGAAGACUGUUUUGAUUCCUUCAUGAAAAGACUGUAAUGUUUAUAAAGUUAUUCAGUAUUAGUUAUUAGAGAUGUAACAACAUCGAAAUCUCUCUGUAAGAUAAUAACUUGUCGUAAAGUCCACGGUACGGUAUUUAUUGUAAUAUUUCAAAUGACUUGGAAACGUGCCGUAAGCGUCUCUUUUCUUGAUCCUCUCAUCAGAGGUGUGAGUAAAAUGGGUCAAAUGACCUAAAAAUCCCUUUUAUAAAAUAGAAUAAAGACAAUAUCUAUUAUUUUUCUAACUUUCUCCAUGAUGGGUGCAGAAGACCUAUAGUUUCACAGUCAUAUGACCACCAUAAAAUUGAGACAAUUUUGCUAUCGAGAUAACACGAUGUCCAUAAUAUUCUUACAUCUCUA